GGCUUCACCUGGGGGAGCAAGAGGGGCUUAGCAUCCUUCCAGCAUCCUGUCCUGCUGGGGUGUGUUUGCUCUCAUUGAUAAAAGCACCACGUUGGAUGAAGGAUCCUGAACCGACAACAUGUCCUGUCUCCAGAUCAGAGGGAUUCUUCUCACUCUGUGCUUGGCUCCAACUGCAUUAUCGAGCCUGCACCCUGAAUGCGAGUACAUAUUUCAGCUGGAGAAAGAGGAGCGUCACUGCCUUCAGUAUAUUGCAGAGCAGGGCAACAGAAGUGCAGAAGGUUGUCAACCACUCUGGGAUGCAGUCGUCUGCUGGCCUCAUGCUAUCGUUGGAGAAACAGUCCACAGAGCUUGUCCUGCCGUUUUCUCCCUCUUCAAAAACAGCACAGGGUCAGUAAGCCGCAACUGCACUAAUGGAGGUUGGUCCAGGCCCUUCCCACCAUACCACAUCGCCUGCAGUGUGGAUGAUGACAUUCCUGAGACAGAGCAGUCCUACUUUGCCACAGUGAAACUGAUUUACACCGCUGGUUACAGCGUCUCUCUGGUGGUGCUGACUGUCGCUGUGCUGAUUCUGCUGCUCUUCAGGAGGCUGCGUUGUGCCAGGAACUUUAUCCACAUCCAGCUCUUCAUUACUUUCAUCCUCAAAUCUGUAGCGGUGUUUAUAAAGGAUGCUACUCUGUUUUCAAGCGAAGACACCAACCACUGCACCCUUUCCACAUUUGCCUGUAAAGCCUCUGUGGUCUUCUGUCACUACUGUGUAAUGACCAAUUUUUUCUGGCUCCUGGUGGAGGCCCUCUACCUCAAUUCCCUGCUACUCUCCUCCUUCAAUCACAGCCGUCGAUGUCUCUGGGGCUUCAGCCUGCUGGGAUGGGGUGUACCCGUGCUCUUCAUUGUAUUGUGGAUUGGAUCCAGGGUAUAUUUUGAGGACACAGAAUGUUGGGACAUCAACGAGGACUCGCCCUAUUGGUGGAUCAUCAAGGGACCAAUUGUUGUGUCUAUCGCGGUCAACUUUUUGUUCUUCAUGAACAUCAUCAGAAUUCUCAUACAGAAGCUCAAUCCUCGUCUGAUCCAGUUCAAUAACUCCUCUCAAUACAGACGCCUGACUAAGUCUACCCUCCUCCUCAUCCCAUUGUUUGGCACUCACUACAUGUUCUUCAAUUUUCUGCCCGACUACUUCAACAUUAACCUGCGCCUGUGUAUCGAGCUCUGCAUGGGAUCCUUCCAGGGGCUUCUUGUAGCAAUUCUCUAUUGCUUUCUCAAUCAAGAGGUCCAGAAAGAGGUUCACAUGCAGUGGCUGAGGUGGCAGGAGAGAAGCUAUGGGGUGGUAUCACCUGCUGCAAAGUGCAGCCAGAUGGACACACCCUUCUAGUGGCGUCCUGACACAUCCUCACUCUCUUCCUAUGGGACCUACAGUAACUGUACUCUCACAGAGGAUUACUUCUGUGCAUGUCAUCAUCUCUAAUGGGCUGUACAGUACUCACAAUACACCAUUAAAACCUGAGAGUCUCAUAAGUUUUCACUCCAAACUCUCUAUUACAGCCCGUUUCACUGACUGCACUCCUUCAGCCAGAAAAAAGAAAAUGAGGUUAACUUUUCAACAGAGAAUUAUUCUGAAAUCCCAUAACAAUUACACACAAAGAUCAGCCUCUAGAUUUCCUUGGAGGCCUCACAGGUCGAAUGAAAGAAUAGUCAUUAUGCUGAGCUGAAAGCGUAGCCUAACAAUUAAAGAACUGUCAAUUAAUAGGUAAAAUUAAUCACUGGAUGUAGGUUUUAAUUGCCAAAAGGAUACACUGUCUUGUUGCAUGUACAUUUCAAUGUACUCACUGUGUAGAUGCUUAAAUAAGAUACAGUGUAUAGAAAUUUGACGUCAUUUAACACUAUAAUCAAAGACUUUCACAUUAUUAAUCUGUAUUAUAAUAUUAUAUUCCAUAAUUCGUAUAAUAUUAAUCAUAUUAUCUAAAUCUGUGGGAAGCACUGAUUGACCAUUAUAACCUUUUCAGCAGAGGGACAACAGCUUUCAGCUUUGGUGUAGCUCAAACACACUGCAGAAGGAAAUGAAAAGGUAUUUUUAGGAUGUACUGUGUGUGUUGUCUGUGUAUGUAUUGUUUUUAAGUAUUUGUACAGUAUUCUAUUAUUUUUUAUUUAUGGUAAGGAUGAAGGUAAAAUAAAAUACAGUAUUUCAAUUGAUACUGAUGCUUUGAAGUUCAUGUUAAUUGUCGAGGUUUAAAAAAAUUAUUUUGUCUUCAUGGCACCUACAAAAAUAUAAAUUUAAUAUUUUUUGCCUGAUUAGUAUCAGGUUGUUGUGAAAGAAUGAUAUGAAAUUUUAAAUACAACACAGGGCCACAGACUUUGGGAAUGAAUAUCUUACAAUCCACUUGUGUUAAACUGUGACACUGACUGCUAUAGUGUUUCUUUCUUUCUUUCUUUCUUUCUUUUGAAAUGAAUGCCUUCACACUCUUUAACCUCAAUGGCACCUUGUUCAAAACCAUUUCACCGUUCAUACUUCAGAGGUUAGUGCAGCGUGUCGUGUUCUGUCAUGUCAUGUGGUCGACUCCACCAAUGUGCAUCUCCACUGCCAUCAGAGAUUCUUCAGAUUCUGAGAUUUUAUUAUCAAUACAUACCUCUACCUACUAAUGUAUUGUUCAGUUCUUUCAGCUGCAUGGUAAUAUAUACAAUGAUAAAACUGCAAACACUUUUACCAUAAUUACCAAAUACAUGUUACAGCUCUUUUUUGUGUGAAAACUGGAUUAGUGUAUUCUUUAUGUGUUAUAUAUUUAUAAAUUGUAACAGUUGAGUUUAAUCUAUGUAAAUGAAUCCUUUGCCUUAAACUGAAUGUAUUUAAAAAGUCGCUGUCAGACUUUUGUUUUAUAAUCACUGUUGUCUGUAUUUGGUUGUUGCUGCUUUUCUUGUGCCUCUUCGUGUGACGUUUUAAUGCCUUGUGAAAAUAGCAGGUUCCUGCCACUUAAAGCAUAAACAGUGUUUACUUAGUUGCAUUAUGGCUCUCUGCAACGCCUUUCACAAAAGAAAGAGGUCAGUCAGCUGGCAGCUACAAAGUGUUAAAUCAGUGAUAAAAGCUAAAUACAGUGUGUGCUGAUACUGGAAUUACACAUAAAAUAUUUUUAGGGCAAAAACACUUUAUAACUUGAAUCCUAAGGAAGCUCUGUAAUUCAUAAAAACUGUGUAAUAGUAUUUUCUAAACUUUAUUUCUGCUUCAUAAGAAAAAUUGAAUAAAUCUUCUCUAAAGCAUGAUUCUGACAGGUGUCCUUUGUUCUUAACAAUAAGCCAUUUAUCUUUUAAAAAGUUGCAAUGAUGAGGUGUAUAAUUCACUGAAAUACACAUUUUAGUCAAGAAAAGCUAUUUAAAGGUGCAGAAAAUGUGAAAUGUAAUAUUUUUAGCUUCAUUGUUAAACUUAUCUAGCUGGCUGUUGCAUGGUUCACAUCCUGCUGCAGAGGAAAAAACAU